AUGGCAGACCCUUCAUCAGAAAAGGCCCAGGGCUCGGAUCCCGAGAAGCGCCCACAGUCAAGCCAUUCCCAUCCCCACGAUGACUCCAUCUCCGAAGUCAGAGAAAAGCCAGUCUCUGAACCAGACGAAGGGAACGAGGUCCCCUCACGAAAAGAUGACUUAUCCCGCAUGAAGAGCCACGCAACAGCCACUAGCGUCGCCAGCAACGCCGACUCAACCCCUUACACUCCUCCCGAAGCCAAACCAUGGUACAAACAGCCCAACCCCCUCCGCUGGGGCCGCAUCCCCCCAGUCCCUGAGCAACGCACUGUCUGUCCCGAAUAUACAUCCGGCUUCUUCGGUAAGCUCUUCUUCGAAUGGAUGAGCCCGCUCAUGCGCACGGGCUACAAGCGCCCGCUCCAGCCUAACGACAUCUACACGGUCAACCCCGCACGCGCCGUCGAUCCCCUGACCGAGCGCCUGCGCGAAGCGUUUCGCAGGCGUGUCGACGAGGGAAGUAAGCACCCCUUACUUCGUGCCCUGCACGAGACCUUCUUCUGGGAAUUCUGGCUGGGCGGGCUGUGCAGUCUGAUUCACUCCAUCCUGCAGGUCAUGUCGCCUUUUACGUUGAGGUUCUUGAUUCAGUUCGCCGCGGACGCGUAUAUCGCGCGGAUGCGUAGGCUACCCACGCCGCAUGUGGGGAGGGGGAUUGGUUUGGUGAUUGGGGUCACGGCGAUGCAGGUUGUGCAGAGUCUCGCGGUGAAUCAUUGGAUCUAUCGGGGGAUGCUGGUGGGGGGUAUGGCUAGGGCGAGCUUGAUUAGUUUGAUUUAUGAGAAGGCGAUGGUUAUUUCGGGGCGGGCGAAGGCUGGGGAGGGGAAGGAACAAGAGGGCAAGGAGCCGAAGCCCGGGACGACUCCGGAUGGAACGGGUUGGGGAAAUGGCAAAAUCGUCAACCUGAUGAGCGUCGACACUUACCGCAUCGACCAAGCAUCUGGCCUUUUCCACGUCAUCUGGACCGCCCCCGUCUCCUGCCUCAUCACCCUCGCCAUGCUGCUCGUCAACCUAACCUACAGCGCCCUCGCCGGCUUCGGUCUCCUCGUCAUCGGCAUUCCCAUCCUCACCAAGGCCGUCAAGAGCCUGUUUGUGCGGCGCAAGGCCAUCAACAAGAUCACCGACCAACGCGUCAGCCUGACCCAAGAAAUCCUCCAAUCCGUCCGCUUCGUCAAGUUCUUCGGCUGGGAAGCCUCUUUCCUCAAGCGCCUCGAAGAGUUCCGCGCCCGCGAGAUCUCUGCAAUCCAGGUCCUGCUUGCUAUGCGCAAUGCGAUUAUGGCUGUGAGCUUGUCGAUGCCGAUUUUUGCGUCGAUGCUCGCGUUCAUUACGUAUUAUCUGACUCAUCGGAAUUUGUCGCCUGCGGAGGUCUUCUCGUCGCUGGCUCUUUUCAAUGGUCUGCGGAUGCCCCUGAAUAUGUUACCCAUGGUUAUUGGCCAGGUUACGGAUGCGUGGCAGUCGCUUGUACGCAUUCAGGAGUUUCUUUUGGCCGAAGAACGGGAGGAGGAGGCAGAGUUCAACCCGAAGUCUCCUUAUGCGGUUGAAAUGAGGAAUGCGUCGUUUACUUGGGAGCGUACGCCUACCCAGGAGAGUGAAGGCACCAUUGCUGGACCGAAUGCCGGCAAGAAUAAGGCGGAGAAGGCAUCCAAGAAAAAGCAUACGGGCGACAGCAGUUCUCCUAACGACUCCAGCGAAGAGGCUAGUACCCUUGUCGAGGAAGAACGGGAGCCGUUCAAGCUGCACGACCUUAACUUCCAGAUCGGUCGCAAUGAGCUUGUCGCGGUUAUCGGUACCGUUGGAAGCGGCAAGACGUCGUUGCUGGCGGCUCUGGCGGGCGACAUGCGUCAGACGGGUGGUAAGGUGAUACUGGGUGCGUCAAGGGCCUUCUGUCCGCAGUAUGCCUGGAUCCAGAAUGCGACGGUGCAACAAAACAUCCUGUUCGGCAAGGAGAUGGACAGGGAGUGGUAUCAGAAGGUCAUCAAGGCCUGCGCACUGCAAGCCGAUCUGGACAUGCUGCCCAACCAUGAUCAGACCGAGAUUGGCGAACGAGGCAUCACCAUCUCGGGAGGCCAGAAACAACGGUUGAACAUUGCUCGUGCCAUCUACUUCGACGCUGAUAUCGUCCUGAUGGAUGAUCCCCUGAGCGCCGUCGACGCCCAUGUCGGUCGGCACAUCUUCGACAACGCCAUCCUCGGUCUGCUCAAGGACAAGUGCCGUAUCCUGGCCACUCACCAGCUCUGGGUCCUGAACCGUUGUGAUCGCAUCAUCUGGAUGGAAAACGGCCGCAUCCAGGCCAUCGAUACGUUUGACAACCUCAUGAAGAACUCGGAGGGCUUCCGCCAGCUCAUGGAGACGACCGCGGUUGAAGAGAAGGAGAAGGGACAGGCGGUCGUUGCAAAGGCCCCUGGUGAGGACGCAGACGAAGGCAACAAGAAGAGGAAGAAGGGCAAGGGUCUGAUGCAGGCCGAAGAAAGAGCCGUGUCGAGCGUGCCCUGGUCGGUGUACAGUGCAUACGUCAAGGCAUCGGGGACUCUUCUCAACGCGCCUAUCGUGCUUAUCCUCCUGAUCCUCUCCCAAGGCGCCAACAUCGUGACGAAUCUGUGGCUGUCCUGGUGGACGGCAGACAAGUUCGGCUAUAGCAUGGGCGUCUACAUAGGGGCCUACGCCGGCCUGGGCGUCGGCCAGGCGGUGCUGAUGUUCGCGUUCAUGGUUUCUCUGUCCAUCUACGGCACUACGGCCAGCAAGAACAUGCUUCGCAACGCUGUCACGCGCGUGCUGCGCGCGCCCAUGUCCUUCUUCGAUACCACGCCGCUGGGCCGCAUCACCAACCGCUUUAGCAGGGACGUCGAUGUCAUGGAUAAUAACCUCACGGAUGCGAUGCGUAUGUAUCUUUUCAGCAUCGGAGGUAUUGUCUCCAUCUUCGCCCUCACCAUUGCGUACUUUUAUUAUUUCGUUAUCGCCCUCGUGCCGCUGUUCAUUCUGUUCUUGUUUGCUACGGGCUACUAUCGCGCUUCAGCGCGGGAGGUCAAACGGAUGGAGUCUGUCCUGCGAUCUGUCGUCUUCGCGAAGUUCAGCGAGGGCCUCUCGGGAGUGGCAUCGAUUCGGGCGUAUGGCUUGCGGGACCGCUUCGUGGCCGACCUGCGCCGCGCCAUCGACGACAUGGACGCCGCCUACUACCUGACCUUUUCCAACCAGCGCUGGCUGUCUCUCCGCCUGGACAUGAUCGGCAAUGCGCUGGUCUUCACAACCGGCAUCCUGGUCGUCACAUCCCGCUUCUCUGUCAACCCCUCCAGCGCCGGCCUCGUCCUCUCCUACAUCCUCGCCGUCGUGCAGAUGAUCCAGUUCACCGUGCGCCAGCUGGCCGAGGUCGAGAACGGCAUGAACUCGGUCGAGCGACUCCUGUACUACGGCACCCAGCUUGAGGAGGAGGCACCUCUCAAGACCAUCGACGUCCGGCCUACCUGGCCUGAGAAGGGGGAGAUUGUGUUUGAUAACGUGCAGAUGCGCUACCGCGCGGGACUGCCCCUUGUUUUGCAGGGUCUGACGAUGCAUAUUCGUGGCGGUGAGAGGAUUGGGAUUGUUGGGCGGACGGGAGCAGGCAAGAGCUCGAUUAUGUCGACGCUAUUCCGGCUGGUUGAGCUCUCGGGAGGACAUAUCACCAUUGAUGGGAUUGAUAUUUCCACGAUCGGCUUACAAGACCUGCGCUCCCGGCUAGCUAUUAUCCCGCAGGACCCAACACUGUUCCGUGGAACGGUCCGCUCCAACCUCGAUCCGUUUGGUGAACAUUCUGAUGUGGAGUUAUGGGAGGCCCUGCGCCAGGCGGAUUUGGUGUCACCUGACGGCAGCCCGACCGCUCCUUCACCAGACAGCAACCAUAACAAUGCCAAAGAAGGCCGCAUCCACCUCGACACCCUGGUCGAAGAAGACGGCCUCAACUUCUCCCUCGGCCAGCGACAGCUCAUGGCCCUGGCCCGCGCCCUCGUGCGCAACGCGCAAAUCAUCGUCUGCGACGAGGCCACUUCGUCCGUGGACAUGGAGACGGACGACAAGAUCCAGGCGACCAUCGCCUCUGCCUUCAAGGGACGCACACUACUCUGCAUCGCACACCGGCUGCGGACAAUCAUCGGGUAUGACCGGAUAUGCGUGAUGGAUAAGGGGCGGAUCGCGGAGAUGGGGACGCCGUGGGAGCUGUGGGAAAAAGAGGGGAUUUUUAGGGGGAUGUGUGAGCGCGGAGGGAUUCGAGAGGUGGAUAUAAAAAGGGCGGCGGGAUUGGAGGUGACUGAAGAGGAUGUUCGAGGGGGAGAAGAACGCUGUAGAGUUUGA